ACUGCCAACCUCAGCCGCCACCCGGCAGCCCGUGAGCGCGGCGGCGGCGGGCGCUCCCUACCGCGGGGCGCUGGCCUGGGCCUCCUCCGCUCCUCGCCCCCCCCACCUCCCGCCCACUUCCAACUACCGCCUCCGGCCUGCCCAGGGAGAGAGAGGGAGUGGAGCCCAGGGAGAGGGAGCGCGAGAGAGGGAGGGAGGAGGGGACGGUGACUUGGCUGACUUUUUUUAAAAGAGGGUGGGGGUGGGGGGUGAUUGCUGGUCGUUUGUUGUGGCUGUUAAAUUUUAAACUGCCAUGCACUCGGCUUCCAGUAUGCUGGGAGCGGUGAAGAUGGAAGGGCACGAGCCGUCCGACUGGAGCAGCUACUAUGCAGAGCCCGAGGGCUACUCGUCCGUGAGCAACAUGAACGCCGGCCUGGGGAUGAACGGCAUGAACACGUACAUGAGCAUGUCGGCGGCCGCCAUGGGCAGCGGCUCGGGCAACAUGAGCGCGGGCUCCAUGAACAUGUCGUCGUACGUGGGCGCUGGCAUGAGCCCGUCCCUGGCGGGCAUGUCCCCCGGCGCGGGCGCCAUGGCGGGCAUGGGUGGCUCGGCCGGGGCGGCCGGCGUGGCGGGCAUGGGGCCGCACUUGAGUCCCAGCCUGAGCCCGCUCGGGGGGCAGGGGGCCGGGGCCAUGGGCGGCCUGGCCCCCUACGCCAACAUGAACUCCAUGAGCCCCAUGUACGGGCAGGCGGGCCUGAGUCGCGCGCGCGACCCCAAGACCUACCGGCGCAGCUACACGCACGCAAAGCCGCCCUACUCGUACAUCUCGCUCAUCACCAUGGCCAUCCAGCAGAGCCCCAACAAGAUGCUGACGCUGAGCGAGAUCUACCAGUGGAUCAUGGACCUCUUCCCCUUCUAUCGGCAGAACCAGCAGCGCUGGCAGAACUCCAUCCGCCACUCGCUCUCCUUCAACGACUGCUUCCUGAAGGUGCCCCGCUCGCCCGACAAGCCCGGCAAGGGCUCCUUCUGGACCCUGCACCCUGACUCGGGCAACAUGUUCGAGAACGGCUGCUACCUGCGCCGCCAGAAGCGCUUCAAGUGCGAGAAGCAGCUGGCGCUGAAGGAGGCCGCAGGCGCCGCGGGCAGCGGCAAGAAGGCGGCCUCUGGGGCCCAGGCCUCGCAGGCUCAACUCGGGGAGGCCGCCGGGCCGGCCUCCGAGACUCCGGCGGGCACCGAGUCGCCUCACUCGAGCGCCUCCCCUUGCCAGGAGCACAAGCGAGGGGGCCUGGGAGAGCUGAAGGGGACGCCAGCUGCAGCGCUGAGCCCCCCAGAGCCGGCGCCCUCUCCCGGGCAGCAGCAGCAGGCCGCGGCCCACCUGCUGGGCCCGCCUCACCACCCGGGCCUGCCGCCUGAGGCCCACCUGAAGCCGGAACACCACUACGCCUUCAACCACCCGUUCUCCAUCAACAACCUCAUGUCCUCGGAGCAGCAGCACCACCACAGCCACCACCACCACCAGCCCCACAAAAUGGACCUCAAGGCCUACGAACAGGUGAUGCACUACCCCGGCUACGGUUCCCCCAUGCCUGGCAGCUUGGCCAUGGGCCCUGUCACGAACAAAACGGGCCUGGACGCCUCACCCCUGGCCGCAGAUACCUCCUACUACCAGGGGGUGUACUCCCGGCCCAUUAUGAACUCCUCUUAAGAAGACGACGGCUUCAGGCCCGGCUAACUCUGGCAGCCCGGAUCGAGGAUAAGUGAGAGAGCCAGUGGGGGUCGAAACUUUGGGGAGACGGUGUUGCAGAGACGCAAGGGAGAAGAAAUCCAUAACACCCCCACCCCAACACCCCCAAGACAGCAGUCUCCCUUCACCCGCUGCAGCCCUUCCGUCCCAAACAGAGGGCCACACAGAUACCCCACGUUCUAUAUAAGAAGGAAAACGGGAAAGAAUAUAAAAUUAAAAAAAAAAAAAAGCCUCCGGUUUCCACUACUGUGUAGACUCCUGCUUCUUCAAGCACCUGCAGAUUCUGAUUUUUUUGUUGUUGUUGUUCUCCUCCAUUGCUGUUGUUGCAGGGAAGUCUUACUUAAAAAAAAAAAAAAAAAAAAAAAACUUUUGUGAGUGACUCGGUGUAAAACCAUGUAGUUUUAACAGAACCAGAGGGUUGUACUAUUGUUUAAAAACAGGAAAAAAAAAUAAUGUAAGGGUCUGUUGUAAAUGACCAAGAAAAAGAAAAAAAAAAAAAAAGAAUUCCCAAUCUUGACACGGUGAAAUCCAGGUCUCGGGUCUGAUUAAUUUAUGGUUUCUGCGUGCUUUAUUUAUGGCUUAUAAAUGUGUAUUCUGGCUGCAAGGGCCAGAGUUCCACAAAUCUAUAUUAAAGUGUUAUACCUGGUUUUAUCCCUUGAAUCUUUUCUUCCAGAUUUUUCUUUUCUUUACUUGGCUUAAAAAAUAUACAGCCUUGGAAAUUAUUUCAAGAAGGAGGGAGGGAUACCCUGACUGGUUGCAGGUUGUAUUUUAUUUUGGCCCAGGGAGUGUUGCUGUUUUCCCAACAUUUUAUUAAUAAAAUUUUCAGACAUACCAAAA